AUGACUCGCGUAGAAGAAAAGAACUAUUUACAGAGCGUUUUUAAUGCUAUUGAUGAAGUCUAUAAUUUAAAGAAUCAUCAACAAACAUUAACCUAUGAAGAACGCUUGCGUGCCUCAUUCAAUAAAUUACUUGUUCCUAAUUGGUACAAUCAUGAUUAUACAUCUAUUAAUGAACUAAGAAAAACAAAAUCUUACGGACAAGUUCUUCAUCACAAACGGUAUGAUUAUAAUAACAAUCAUUCUCACACAGAUACAUCGACCUCAUCAGCAAUAUCUGAUAAAACGCAUCGAUAUCGAUCACAGAGUCAAACCUGGAGUGAACGAAGACCAUUACGACAUCAUUCAACAGCUUCAAGCUAUGACACAAAUGGCAAUGUUGUUAUUAACGGAAGACGUUCGACCUCAACCUACGCACCUGGCUUACAACGCGUUGUUCAAUCAUCCACAUGGUACAAACCCAAAUCAUUCAACAUAGAAAUGCCGAUUGUUCCACCGAAGCCUCGACCACGAUAUUCGAAAAUCGUCAAUACAUAUUUGAUUGGUACACUUUUAUGUAAAAUAGCCAAGUUUGCAAAUCAAGAACGACUCCAUGCAGUAGAUUCUUCGUUAUUAUUAAACUCCAAACUCGCAAGUUUUGCUCCAAUUUCUAAUGAGAUUCUUCGACAUCCGAUCAAACCGCGAGCAAUGACUCAAAUACCGAUCUCAAGUGAAAAUCUCGAUGACGAGAUAUAUAUCGAAGGUUCAACCGACGGUGACAUAACAAUCGUUCAGCAGCUUUCGCCGUCACGGACUAAUGACGUUGUGCCGAUGAAACAUAUUUCUGUUUCACCUACAACAAAUAUAACUAUUAGUAAUGACCGGAUGAAUCAUCCGAUGACGACAAUCAUUCCUCGAACAAAUUCAAACAAAAGCAUACCAUCAGACAUCGAAUCUUAUCGAUCGACUAUGUUACUUCCAUUAAAUAAAAAUCUUCUACUAACUGAUUCAUCCUCUUAUUCGAGUAUCAAUGAACCAUCAACAGCGUCAUCGUAUCAUACGGCAAAAGAAAAUGAUACUUCCAAUAGUGGUUAUAAAACACCUACGCCACAAGCAGACGAUGAAACAAUCUCUUCACAUAGUUCGAUUUCGGAUUUGAGUCAUGCUGAAACAUUGGAACCAUUGACUGAAGUUAAAGUAGCUGAGAUUGAAAAAAAAUAUUUUUGCCAAUAUUUUCUUUUGCCGUACAUAUACAAACAAAGCAUUUGCAAUCUUCUAACCUACACUCACUAUUCGUUCUAUUCUCUAUCAACAUGUGUUAGUUAUCGAAACAAAAGCAUAAACCUCGACAUCGUUCCCGUUUCAACAGGAGAACAAAAAUCCGCCAUCAUCCUUCCAGUUAACGUCGGCAUGGAGAAGUUACCAUUGCCGUCAUUUUCAUCAACUAUUUCUCAUGCAUCCUCAUCAACAGUUAGCGAUAAUUCUCCAUCCACUGAAUCUCGUCUGAUUGAAAGUACAAAUUGGUACGAUGAUGGUUCAAUUGAAACAUGCAUUCAUCAAUCGUCCUCACAAGUGCCACCAACAGAUUCACGUGUCACAUCCAAUGAAGAAAUCUUACAUGAAAUCGAAAUGAAUGGUGCUGGUGAUGAAAACUUUCUAUUUUCGCCACGAAAUACUCCCGAUGACGAACCAUCAAGUUCAUUCAGUGAUGACAAACACGAACAAGAUUUCGAACAGUUAGAAAGUCCAGCACAUGAUUAUACAAUGGAGAAGAAGAACUUCAAUCUUAUCGAUGAUUUUGUUCUCAAUGACGAAAUUCAAAGUCCACCGAGCCUUGACCCAUUUGGUUAUAAUCAUAACAACAAUAAUUCUUCACUGAUGAUAACCAAUUUGGAUGAUAUAUUGAUCGACGAUGAUGAGGAUGGUGAUAACAAUGAUCAGAAUCGUCUGGAUGAUUCGCCAAAUUACUUAUCAAAUGGUAAUUUCCGCCGUCCGAUUCAAGAAGAUAUUUUAUACGAAGUUGAACAUGAAAAUAGUCUCUCUGAUCAUAGUCAAAAUACUUCAUCGGCCAUCGCUACAGAUGAUAAAGCAACGCGCAAGAAAAGUCCCAAUUUAGAUUUGUUGAUGUCAUCAAAAGAACCAAUCGAUAGUCAUGUUCAGUCAUCAACAUUAGCGGAAACUUCGUCGCCAAAAGAAAAGCAAUCUAAACCGAUCGAAAUCAAUUCGUCAUCAAAUACAAAUAUCGAUGAGAAUACUACUCUCCCAAUUUACAUUUCGCCUCCGAUCAACACAACAACAACGCCAACGACGACGGCGGCAGACAAAACAUCUUCACUUCGUAUUGAUACAUCCAGUAAUCCAUUUGCAUCUCAAUGGGAUUCCUACAAUCGUCGAUAUCCAGAUUUAAUUAGUCCAACAUCUUACACGCCCAAAAUCCGUCAUCGUAAUUUUUCUGUUGGUUCCUAUUAUGAUAACAAGACAACAACUGUUGCUGUACAUCAAAAUCAUACUUUUUUUAUCCUGGGUAGUGCACCCGUUAGUCCCUUGAGUCGAACUUCAGCCCCAAGCAAUGAAUCACUGUAUUACGUACAACAUCAUAGUCCAAUUGGAUUUGAAAACGUGCCGUACAAUGCUCUACGACGUAUCAAUCCAUUUUUAGAAACAACUGACUAUAUAUCACGUUCUGAUUAUCGACGUUCGCCGUCAUUGACACGUGAUGAUCCGUAUCGAACAACAACAAUAACGUCACAUUCUCAACAACAAACCGCGACGACUCCAUCAAACGAAUCGAUAAGAAUGUCAUCAUCGCGAUCGAAAAGCUCACCACCAGUAACAUUCUCACAGGAAGAAGAAUCGCGAGAUCGUCCGAAGUCGCCUCCAUUCGAGUCAGUACCGCCACUCGUACGUCCAAAAACAAGUCGAGGACGACCACGUUCACCUCCUCCUCCUCCACCACCACUACCUCGUACGGAAUCACUUGAAAAAGGUCCAACACAAGGUUUUUCUCAGGAAGUCGAUACUACUUCAACCGAAGACGAUCAAACGACAGCGCCUCAUGCUGAUUUACAAUUUAUUCGUGGGACAAUUGAACGUGUUUUCGAUUUUCAUGGUGAAUCGACGAGUGAACUGAGCACAAACGAAGAUGAAAUCUCUGUCGAUGAUAAAGGCGAUCAAGACUCAGUCUCCUUGUCGCUUAGUUCGAAAACCCAGUCGAAAAAAGCUGAUCCAUAUCCAGCUGUGGAGACCAUCCAACGCUUCUAUGAAAAUAAAAGUCCAUCAGAUUCGGAUAAAAACGUGCCCAACAAUGCGACAAGUAAUCGUUCAUCAACUUCAAAUAAUUUGUAUGCUCGUUCGCAUCCUGUCAAUCGAUUGAAGAAAGAUCUAUCCGAUUCGAAAUCAUCUGAUCUCGAACAAGCCACUUCAGAAGAAGUUGACGAUACUUUAAAUGAUAUUGAAGAAGACGAAUAUCAAGAUGAAAAAGCAAAACGACAAGCAACGGCUAAUAAUAGUUCGCGUAGCAGUAAUGAAAAUUCACCAGCUCAUUCGGCGACUAAGCAAAUCAAAUCAAAGAAGACAUCACAAGAAACGCAAACAUUACAACGCCAAAGACCAAUUCUUUUAACUACUCAAAGUCCAUCAGAUUCUCCAGGUACAAUCCAAUCGUAUGAAACAGCUCAUUCAAAUAUACCACCGCUGGAUAUCGUAACAGAAAUGGUUAUAGAGCGAAACGAUAGUAUUGAUGAUGGACGAAUUGGUGAAAUAACUGGAGAUAUGAUUAUCUUCUACGAUGACAUUGAAAUUGUUGAACAUUCAUCAAAUAUAAGCUCAUCGGAAUCGGAGUCGUUCUCAUCCUAUAGCCGAUCGACUCAAAAUUCUCGAGUUAUCGAAACAACAGUCGAACCACCUCCACCACCCGUUCCAGCGCGAACAUUAAAACCGACUCAUUUAAUAAACCAACAGCAAUCACCAUCCUCACAACCGAUAAAUGGUACAUUUCGAUCAACAGGCGCAAAAGUCAAUCGAAUAUAUGAAUUAGAAAAAUCAACGAUUCGAAAGAAGUUCGAUGUAAAUUCAGUUAAUCAUAUGAUAAAUCGAACAGAUUACUGUAUUGGCCCAACAGCUUCGCAUCGUCUUCCAUCAGCAAGACGAUUUGUUGGGAAAAUCAAUAGUGAUGACACAUCAUCACGAACAUCAAGUAUUACAAGUACAAAAGCCAUUUCAAAACCCAAAACAUCAUUGCCACCACCAGCACCGCCAACGUCAACGGCAAUGGUGAAAUCUCAUACAUUACCAUUACAACCAUCCACAAGCAACGGGCACUCAAAAGAGAAUAUCUUAAAUUCGCCUACAAAGAGCCAAUUUUCGAAUAUACCUGUACGUUCGGCUUCGACGGUUGGAAAUAACGGUAAACAUCGAUCACCAAUCGCUGAUACAAAUGCUUUAGUGAAACAAAUUCAAAAUUCUCUUAGUCGUACCUCUUUGCACGACUCGCAAUUGACAGCUCCUUUAUCAAUAUCCACAAAAGAUCUACGUACAUUUGUGUCAUCGACAUAUUCACCAUCUGAUGAAAAUAUGAUUGAUGAUAACGGAGUUAUUCAUGUUCGACCACCACCAGCAUCAUCUCAAUAUGAUGAACAAGCAUUUAAAAGACAAGCGCGCUUAUCGAAAAGUUUUCAUAACGUAUCCGAAUACAACAGUAUCGAUCAGUAUCCCAAGAAUGAAAACAAUCUCACGUCGAAAGCACAGCCAUCCAAAUCAGUAGAGAAUAAUCUCGAUCGCGUGAGCCAAAAUCCUGCGCGACGACAUACUCAAAUACCGAUUAAUUUUCCUCCACUCCUUUCAAGCACUUCGUUCGGCGUAUUACCACAAUCAGAAGAUAAUGCAAGACUACUAUCGAUGAAAUGGUACACGGGACAAGUUAGUGAAAAUUCUGAGAUAUGUUAUAAUACACCUAACAUGGAUCAAAAUGAUCUUCUGUAUCAUUAUGUAAAUCGACAUAGUAAUCGAGAAAUUCAAUCAUUACUUGCCCGUCUUCAAGCGUCGCAAGAUGUUCGUAUUCAUGCAGCACUUGAUAACAUACGCUUACGUGUUGCAGAGUUCGAUGCAUCAAAGUCUGCGGACGACAUUCACACGUUUAUGCGAUAUCUUGAAUCGCGACUACGAGAUAUUAGUAAUAAGAACAUCGUCUCGUCAACUCGUCCUGAAGAUCAAAAGCGAUUCGCUAAUGGUGGACCAUCGAAUGGAUAUCAUACACAAUAUCAGCAAUCGGAUACGAUGUCUGUGAAAAGCCGAACAAGUUCGGUUGCCAAUAUCAACAGUAAAGAAACGCCGACAUUACCAAGACAACUUGGUCGUCAGUAUCUUCGAUCAUCAGGAAAUUUAGUAGGAGGAGAAAGCAAUGGUUAUCAUCAUCAUCAACCACCACCACCACCUCCUCCUCCUCGACGGUCGAGUCAAUCAAGUGUUAAUCAAGAAAAUCCUGCUGUAUUCGAUGACAUGUUAAAUACUGUGCUAGGUCUGCCAAAGAAAGGAGUAGCUACUCAACCAUCGACAUAUUCCUCAAGUUUACCAAGUCGAGAGCAAACUACUCCUUUAAAUCAAACAGCAAUAAAUCAUAAAAAUGGACGAGACGUCGGCAAACGAUUGUUUGAAAGUGGUACUUUGAAAGAUCCUCGUUUAAUAUACGAUGGACCACGAACAAACGAGAAAGAGGAACAACCUCUUGAAACAUCCGUGUGA